UACAUGUCUAGUGACGUGAGCGCCAGGAAUGGCAGAAGAACAUGUCUCAGCAAUGAUGUCGUCUGCAAUAUAAAAACAAACAAACAAACUCCAGACACAUCCUCUAAACUGUUUACUUGACCCGACCUAGAUAUUUUUCGAUGGCAGCCAACACAAAUGACACGUACGUGUACACAGGACUGCCUCAAAAUUGGAAACAAACAGCGCGGCCCAGGGUGGGCAUCAACGGAUUUGGCCGCAUUGGCCGGCUGACGUUGAGGGCUGCUCUGACCAUGAAUGUGGAUGUUGUGGCCAUCAAUGAUCCGUUCUUGACCACGGGUCAUAUGGCCUAUAUGUUUCAGUACGACUCCACGCAUGGCAGAUUUAACGGGACAGUCACCAGCACCGCCAGUGAGCUGAUUGUGAAUCACUUAAAAAUCAAAGUCUACAACAACAAAGUACCAGGGGAGAUUCCUUGGCUCGAUCACGAGUUAGAUUUUGUGGUCGAGGCGACAGGAGCGUACACCACCAUAGACAAGGCCGGAGAGCAUCUGACUGCUGGCUCCAGAAAAGUUAUAAUCACCGCCCCUUCGUCUGACGCCCCAAUGUUUGUCUGCGGGGUCAAUCUGGACUUGUAUCAACCGUAUAUGAACAUUGUCAGCAAUGGUUCCUGCACUACCAACUGUCUGGCGCCACUGGUCAAAGUCAUCAAUGAGAAAUUCGGCUUACAAGAAGGCCUGAUCACAUCCGUCCACUCGUUGACCUCCUCUCAACUUGUGGUGGACGGGCCCAGCAACAAAGACUGGCGGGGAGGAAGAGGUGCCUUACAGAACAUAAUCCCAGCCACCACAGGGGCGGCCACUGCUGUUGAAAAGGUCCUACCAGAGAUGAGAGGCAAGCUGACGGGAAUGGCCUUCAGAGUGCCCACACCUGACGUGUCCGUGGUCGACCUGACCUGUAAACUGAUCAUACCCGCAACUUACAAGGAAAUUGUGGAGGCAGUACGAGAGGCUUCAAUGAACGGCAUGAAAGGAAUCAUUGGUUUUACAAAUGAAAUGUUGGUGUCCUCUGACUUCAAAGGCAGCACUUGCAGCUGCGUGUUCGACGCCCAGGCGGGGCUGGCCCUGAACGACUCGUUUGUCAAGCUGGUGGCCUGGUAUGACAACGAGUUCGCUUACAGCUGCCGGGUGGUCUCCCUCAUCAACUACAUCUUCGCCGUGGACCUGUGCAGGAGCAAGAGGCGGAAGUCGGACUCGAAGAUGCACCGGAGGAAAGGUGACGACGAUGACAAGGACCACACAUGCUGCGGUUGUCUUGGCUAGAUACCAGUGUUUGGUGUGUAACUUAGCCAGUAGUGACCUACAGUCUGCAGUGACGUAUCUCUUCAUUCAUGGUGGUCAUUUGUUUUUUAUACCAUAUAAUGAGCUUUGAACACUUUAGACACCAGUACUUUUACCUUUGUUCAAAGACCUUUGUAUGCUUCUAGUUUAGCUAGAUAUGUUUCUAUAAAUAUAGUAUCACUAGAUAAGUUUCUAUAAAUAUAGUAUCACUUUAUAUAUCUCUAUAAAAAAAGUAUCACUAAUCACUAUAUAUGUUUAUAAAAUGUUAAGAGUAUAAACUUAUAAUGUAGUAAAUCUUGA